AUGUUGAGACAACCAACAACACAAUGCUGCAAUCGUAAAUAUAUUGGUGCUAAUCUAACUGAUGGAAUGUAUCAAGGUAUUUAUGGUAGUUCAAAAAAACAUGAUGCUGAUCUUGAUCAAGUAAUUAAACGAGCAUUUCAAUCUGGUCUUGAUAAAAUUAUUAUUACUGCUGGUACUCAUAAUGAAACAAUUCAAGCAUUAGAAUUAUGUUCAAAAUAUGAAAAUUUGUAUACAACCUGUGGUUAUCAUCCAACUCGAUGUAGUGAAUUUAAUGAAUCUAAUGAAAAUGAAAUUCUUAAUCAAAUAUUUGAAUUAUAUGAAAAAAAUUCUGAAAAAAUUGUUGCUAUUGGUGAAUUUGGAUUAGAUUAUGAACGAACACAAUUUUGUAAUAUUGAACAACAAAAACGUUAUUUUGAAUUUCAGUUGAAACAUUUAAUAUCAUUAAAUAAACCAUUAUUUCUUCAUAAUCGAGCUGCGUCACAAGAUCUCUAUGAUAUUUUAUAUAAAUAUCGAGAUCAAAUAACAAAGGGUGGAGUUAUACAUUCAUUUGAUGGUACUCUUGAUGAAGCACUUCAAUUUAUUCAAUUGGGUUAUUUUAUUGGAUUAAAUGGAUGUUCAAUGAAAACUCAAACUAAUUUAGAUGUUAUUAAACAAUUACCAUUAGAUAAAAUUCUUGUUGAAACAGAUGCACCCUGGUGUGGUAUUAAACCAUCGCAUACAUCUUAUUCACAUAUUAAAACACAAUUUACAUCAGAAACUGUUAAAAAAGAGAAAUGGGCGUCAGGUAAAAUGGUUAAAGAUCGAAAUGAACCAUGUACAAUUAUUCAAAUAUGUGAAGUAAUUCAUUCAAUUCGUGGUAAUCAAGAAUCAUUUGAGGACUUAUGUGAAAAAAUUUAUUUCAAUACAAAACAAUUAUUUUUUUCUAAUCAAUAA